AUGCGCAACGACUCUCACCAGAGUCGCCGAAGCCGCAGCCACAGCCGUAGCCGCAACGGCGACAAGGACAAAUCUAAACCCAAGUCCGAGCACCUGGAACAGAGCCUGGCCUUUAGGAAUCCGACGACUUCUCCAUCAGGUGCUGCUGCUACUGAUCAUGGAGACCGCCCAAGUCCAAGUCGUUCUCGCUCGAGCAGUCGCCUCCAAAAACGGCCGUCGGCACGUUCGUUGAAGACCUCGGCCAGCACGCCUGCUAUGGCCUACGCUUCGCCUGCGACCCACGGAAAACAGAUCGAUCAGCAGAGGCUCACGGCCUUGCCUCAACUCUCAGAGCAGGCUAUCCCCCACCGUUCGUCUUCACUGCGCAAAAAGCCCCGUCCUCAGACUGCCGACCGACCGCUAUCGAAUCAGGGAUAUCUCCAUCCUGAGAACGAUCGGAGAAUUGCAUCAGCACCGAACGGUAUCCUCUCCAUAAGACCCAAGCCGGCUGUGUCCGACGUUGCACCAAACAGUGGUUUGCGAGGAGGGUCAACAACAUCAUCAUCAUCUUCGUCCUUUUCUUCAUCUCCUUCCACCAGUUCUACCAGUCCUGGGCAAGCCCCGGCCACCCCCCGCCAGAGAACACCACGUCAUCUUCCUCUAGCACCGAACGACCCUUCUCCCUUGAACCCUUUGUACCACAUUCCAUCUCCACGCACCUCCAGCCAGAGAAAUACAAUGCCAGCGGACGCUGCCAACCCUCCGGCUGAACCGACUACCUCACGGUCGAACAUGCAUACUCUCCUCCCGCCAGGAUUCAGGCCCGGGACCAGCGAACACACUGAUGUCGAGGAGACCAUGCAUCCAGCCGUGACACAUGAAGUUGUGAUAAAUCGGACCAAGGAGAUCGUCCAAGAAAACAUUACACGAGACAUCCACGUGGAUCAUUAUUAUACAUACGUCCAGCCGAUCAAGGCCGUGGAGGUUCUACCUGCUCGACACUUCGUGAUCGAUGACAAAACCGGCCAGAAGGUCGAGAUCCCUGCGCCUGAGGGUUGGGAGAUGCCCGUCUCACUGCAGCCCUCCAAGCCAGAUCUCAGCGGCCUAGCACCUGUCAGCCGACAUUAUCGCGUUGAUGAGCAGCAUCCAGAGGGCGUUCCCGAGCUCCCACCCGCGGGCAAUAAAGCAAAGAGCCCCCAGGAGCUGAGGUGGAUUGCUCGCGCCAGCCAUACGGCAAAGUGGUCACCCUUUCCCAAAGUGAGUUAA